AUGACAAUGACAAGUGAAGAAAAUACCAAUUCUAAUGCUAUUCCUAAUCCCGAAGCACAAAUAACUUAUCAAAAGAAUUGGGAGUAUGAACAAUCUAUAAAGAAGGAAGAGGCAGGUAAAAUACCUCUUAUAUGUCUUGAAGAAGAUAUUAAAUCUUUAUAUUCUGAAUAUGAAAAUGGCAGUGAAACAUAUCGUAGCAAGAUCAAGAAAUUGGCAGAAAAGCAUAGUAAAAUAAGAAGAUGUCGUGGUGAUGGAAAUUGUUUUUAUCGAG